AUGCUUAUCACUAAAGUCCUUGUUCCUUACAGACUGUCAGUAAGGCAGAAAACCUCAGCGUGGCUAGGGCUUUGUGAAGCUCAUGCUCACCAUCAUGACAGUGAAGCUCAUGCUCACCAUCAUGACAGUGAAGCUCAUGCUCACCGUCAUGACAGGGAAGCUCAUGCUCACCGUCAUGACAGUGAAGCUCAUGCUCACCGUCAUGACAGUGAAGCUCAUGCUCACCGUCAUGACAGUGAAGCUCAUGCUCACCGUCAUGACAGUGAAGCUCAUGCUCACCGUCAUGACAGGGAAGCUCAUGUUCACCAUCAUGACAGUGAGGCUCAUGCUCACCAUGAUGACAGUGAAGCUUAUGGUCACCGUCAUGACAGUGAAGCUCAUGCUCACCGUCAUGACAGUGAAGCUCAUGCUCACCAUCAUGACAGUGAAGCUCAUGCUCACCGUCAUGACAGUGAAGCUCAUGCUCACCGUCAUGACAGUGAAGCUCAUGCUCACCAUCAUGACAGUGAAGUUCAUGCUCACCAUCAUGACAGUGAAGCUCAUGCUCACCGUCAUGACAGUGAAGCUCAUGCUCACCGUCAUGACAGUGAAGCUCAUGCUCACCGUCAUGACAGUGAAGUUCAUGCUCACCAUCAUGACAGUGAAGCUCAAGCUCAUUGUCAUGACAGUGAAGCUCAUGCUCACCAUGAUGACAAUGAAGCUUCUGCUCACCAUGAUGACAGUGAAGCUUCUGCUCACCAUCAUGACAGGGCACAAUGCUUCCAUGAUUCUUGUCCCCUAUGA